AACCCUGAACUACCCAUCGUCCACAGGAACAUUACAUUUAGCCCUCAAGCAGGGUGGAUAUGUCUGCUUUCAAACAAAACAGUUUUUGGAUUUAAAAUGGUUUCUUUUCAUUUUUAUUCAUAGCCUGUAUAGAAGAAAACUUGAAGUUUUUUUUUCUUCCUCCUAGCAGCGUUUUUUAAAACAGCAAUUUUAAAAAAUCAUUUUAGUAAUAUUUCAUCUUGCUUGAGGAGAACAAACAUUUAAUCUGUUCAACAGAUCACAUAAAUCAGACACCUCUGAUAAAGGCCGCUGUCAUUAUGUCAUCAGACAUGAAUGAAGAGACUCCACUGGUGAACAGAAGGACGCCAUCUGAUUCCAAGAUCAAUAACUCCAAGCUCUUCCUGGCCGUUUUCUCUGCCAUCUUGGGGAACUUCAACUUUGGUUACUCCCUGGUUUAUUCAUCCCCCGUCCUGCCAAAGCUCAAGAGCCCCGAUGCUGACCCUCGGAUCAGAAUGGACACGAGGAGCGCCGCCUGGUUCGCUUCAAUCUAUUCACUGGGUGCAGUGGGCGGCGGGCUGGGAGCCAUGCUGCUCAACGACAAGAUUGGACGGAAAUUGAGUAUCAUGAUGUCAGCAGUGCCGUUGACUAUUGGGUACAUGCUGUUGGGAGGGGCUGUGGACUUGUGGAUGCUGCAUACGGGCCGUUUUCUUACAGGUGUCGCUGGUGGGAUGACAGCAGCAUCCAUUCCUAUUUACAUCUCAGAGAUCUCCCACAAAAAAGUGAGAGGAGCUAUGGGCUCCUGUCCUCAGAUCACUGCUGUGUUUGGGGCCCUGGCGCUCUACAGCCUGAGUCUGGUGAUACCAUGGCGGUGGCUGGCAAUAGCUGGUGAGGUGCCAGCUGUGCUGAUGGUUGUGCUGCUUGCAUUCAUGCCCUCCUCUCCCAGGAGGCUCCUCUCCUUGGGCCGAGAACAGCAGGCCGAGAAAGUCCUCCGCUGGCUGAGGGGGAGUCACUACGACACACAAACGGAGCUCAGUGCCAUACAGCACAGCAUCAAAACACAGAGCAGGGUCACAUGGUCUCAACUUGCCACGCCCAUCUACUACCGGCCAAUUCUCAUCUCAGUGGUGAUGCGCUUCCUGCAGCAGAUGACGGGCAUCACGCCCAUUCUGGUCUACCUGGAGCCCAUCUUUGCCAAGAGCAAAGUUUCCCUGGAGCCCAAAUAUGAUGCCGCCAUUGUGGGUUUGGUCCGCCUCUUUUCUGUUGCCGUGGCAGCCUUUUUGAUGGAUAGGGCGGGACGCAAAGCCCUCCUGUAUGUGUCAAGCAUGCUGAUGUUCCUGUCCACUCUGACUCUGACCAUAAUCUACCACACCACUCCUUGCCAUCCAGGCCCCAGCAUCCAAACUGACAUCGGCCACCAAAGUUCAGCAGGCCUCAUUCCUCUCAUCAGCACCAUGGUGUUUAUAUUUGGAUACGCCAUGGGAUGGGGCCCAAUCACGUGGCUCCUGAUGUCAGAGGUGUUGCCGCUGGUUUCCAGGGGCGUGGCUUCAGGUCUGUGUGUCACUGUCAGCUGGUUGACGGCCUUCAUGGUCACACACGCCUUCACACACCUAGUGGACAGUUAUGGCCUGUACGUGCCCUACCUGUGGUUCACAGUGGUGUGUGUCCUCUGCCUGCUGUUCAACGCUGUGUGCAUCCCGGAGACUCGCGGCCGCUCACUGGAAGAAAUAGAGAACUAUUUCAGGACAGGCCGUACGUUCACCAUCAGACGGGGUCAUUCCACUACAGAGUCUGAAGCUCACUGAUCACUUUGAUCAAAUCAUUUGAUUAAAUCAUUCACACAAUGUAACUCUAAAGUAGGACUACUCAAAAGGGAUAUUUUCAAAUUAACAUGUAACAAUUAACAUUAUGGGUAUAAGUAUAGAGGGUGUAUGCUGCACAAAGUGUCAAAGCCUCUGAGAAAGGACUAACAGAAAAAUUACUGAGCAGACACAGACAGACUGAAGGUCAAAGGUCACUGAGGCUGAGUACAGCAGACUACACACAAUCAUCUUUAGGUAAAGAGGUAGGUUACUGUUUUUAUCAUACAGUAUCAUACAAUAACUACUGCUGUUCAUUUACUGCUAUCAGUAAAUGAACAUGUCUCUUUUCUUACACACCAACUCCUUUAACACAGUAUUUAUUCAGACUACGGUUAGAUCAUUGCUGCUUAAACACAUUGACUGUUUCUAAUACAUUUUUGAUCCGUACACAAGGUGCAAUCAUGACGGCAACAUUUGCUGGUCAGAGUAUGUUACAGGUAACACACUAGUGAAACUAAUGUAACAGGGGUUUAAAGUGUGUAUGAACAAACACAGCUUUAAACACAGCCUCGCUUUUAGCUCACUGAUGUGUCUGCUUAUAACAAACCAUGGACUCUUCAGUCUUUCUACUUUGCAACAUGACAUUUUCACACUGAUACAUCAGCAUGCUGCUAUGUAUAAUAUAUGUAAUAUGAACUGUGAAGUGAUUUAAAAGUGAAAAUGUACAACAAUGUACCAACAGAAGAAGACUGAUUGUCCCUUUCAUGUUAACAUAGCACUUUCAAGAUGCUAAAGGUACAUUUCAUCAUUAAAUACUUCAAAAACGCUCAGUUGAAUUUUAAAUUUGUUGUGGCUGUUGUUCGGUGUUCUUUAUUAUAUUAUUUAGAAAGUGUGAUCAACAAGGAAGGGGCAGGUAUGUCGUAUCUGCAUGUUCCUACUCUGACAUUUAAUUGACUAAAUUUGAAUGCUAACACAUUUGUACAGCAAACAAUCACAAGUAGGAUGCAACACACACAAUGUGAUUUUGUUCUGUGUUUUCAGCAACAACAGCAGCAAAUGAUUUUGUCUGUGAUCAUGGACAGAGCAUAGCAUACAUCUCCAAGAGA